UGAGCCGCGUUAAGAUGCGCAUUCACACUGAGCUGCCAGUUUCCUCCGGAGGACCGAGCAGCUCGAGGUGGAAUUACAUGCGCAGUCCUGCCGUGAAUCACACAUCACCACGGCAACCGGCGUUCACACCGAGUCCCCGUCAGCAUCAGUGGGCUCCGAUCACAUCCACAGGCGACACGAGAGCACCGAAAAACACAAUCUGUCCAGGCAUUUUCAGGCAGCAAAGCAGCCAUGGUGAAAUUAGGCAGCAAUCUGUCUGAUAAACUGGAGAAGCAGCCAUCUGCGGACGACGGCUUUGAUAACAUCCCCCUCAUCACACCCCUGGAGGUCAACCAGCUCCAGCAGUCGUACGCAGACAGGGUCAUUGUGAAGACGUCAACACAAUAUCAGCUGCAGCAGAAGAAAAAGAACAAGCUGUAUGUGCCCAAUAUCAAGAAGUUGAAUAUCAACUUUUACAGUGAUGUUUCAGAGAAAGCCAAGAUCACAGGUCUGAUCCUCAUCACUUUGGCCUUCCUGACCAGCUUGCUCCUCCUGCUCAUGUACAAAGCCAUGUGGUAUGAUCAACUUACCUGCCCAGAGGGAUUCAUCCUUAAACAGAACCGCUGCAUCCCGGCAGCUCUGGAGAUGUACUACACAGAGCAGCAGCAGGAGCCGCCGGGCGUCCACGGAGGUACCAACAUCGGGCUGUUCGCCGCACUCAGUAACCUCAACCAGGUCAAGAGGACUGGACCUGAGCUGCCAUCGCCAUGGUUACCAGUCAUCAGUGCUCUGAAGAAGGCCGAGGCGGCCAAACGAGGCAGCAAGCAGCUGAAAGGAGUGCUGGAGGGAGAGGAGUGAAGGGGCGGACAGAAAUGCAGGUGUUAGAGGAGGAAAUGAUGAUGGGGAGGCAGCGUAGGUUAUUUUUUGACCGUGUGUGUUCAAGAAUGUUUUUUUUCUUUUUUUUGUACAGUCCAUUGAAUCACUUGUUUAUACUGGUGCUCCAAAACCUCACAGGUAUGAUGGCAUUUAAGGGCCAUUGUAGGUAAAAAAAAAAAUGUAUAAUAAUAAUUACGGAGCUGGGGGAGGAGGGUAAUAUUCAGAGAAAAAACUCAGGAUUUCCUAAAAAAAAGUUGUGAAUUUGGGAGACAAAAACUCUGGGAAUUUCUUAAUAUUUUUCUCGUAAAUGUACAACUUUAUUUGGAAAUUCUGAGUUUUUUCUCUGAAUAUUACCCUGGCCCCCCGGCUCUGUAAUUAUUAUCUUUACCUGGCCCUAAUAUGUCGUUGUACAAAGGUGUCUGUAAAACUACUGACAAUUUAAAUCAGCUAUGUAAAACCACCUUUACUUACAAGCAAAUACCCAACUGUGUGUGUGUGUGUGUGUGUGUGUGUGUGUGUGUGUGUGUGUGUGUGUGUGUGUGUGCGUGCGUGCGUGCGUGUGUGCGUGCGUUUGUGCGGUGAGUUGUUGUGGUUAGAGGCAGGAAUGUUAUUAAAGUGUUGGAGAAUGUGCCUGACUUUUACAGUGUUACUGAGGCAUGAGUAACCUCCACCAUCUGCAUUCAGUGUGUGUAUAUACACUCCUGUAAAUACUGUGCAUGAGCACAUAUAUGUAGUGUAUGCAUAUUUGCAUUCAUGUGUGUGUGUAUGCAUACACUGUUUGAUUUGUGUACUUGUCUGAGACAAAGUUGGAGGUGAGAGAAGCGAGGCGAGAGCCCAGAGUGAGAAGAUAACAAGUUUUUAAUGAGAUUCCUGCGAGUUCCUCCUCAUCACUGCUUCUCGUUAUCUCGCCGUCUAUUCAUUUAGUUUCACAGGGGAAUGUAUGAAAUCAGCAGUGAAUGUGCUCACAGUUUAAACAUUAAGACAAGGAACUAUAAUUGACCAUUUACAUUUUCUGUCUAAAUGAGCUGAUUCCUCAUUUUAGUAUCUGGAGACUGUAAAUUGCAGUUCUACGUGCGUCUACAGUUAAAGUCAGAGGAAAGUGUAUUAAAGGGACUCACACAGUGGCUUUGGAGCGUAUCAAACAAUACAACCUUAUUGUCAAUAUGGGUUAUUAGGUGAAGAAUGAAUCGCCAAAACAAGUCAAUUUAAUCUGUUUUAGAUUAAAGUGUGCAACGAGUAAAUAGGCCUGAAAGGUUUCUGAAGCUGCUGUAAAACUCAUAGUUUGAAGAGUCAUAUUAUUUUACAUGAUGUGAGCUACUUACUGUAAUGAUGAAUAAAACUUGAGAGCUUUUAAUGUAUAAAAAAAACAAAAACUGAUGAUGCUGUAUGGGAGAUGAUUGUAAAAACUAGCAAAUUAUUAGUUUUGUUACUCGAUUUUGUUUCUUAUUAAUGUUGCUGUAAGUAUUCUGUAAUGCCACUUUAAAUGAACAUGUGCAGUACAACCACAGGGUUGACUCGCCAUGAUCCUUAUAUGAAUGUAUGAAGUAGCUGCUCUAAUCAUGCAGUAGAUGUAAUUAUUGCUUAUAAUGUACUACCUAAAAGCUUCUUCGUCUUCACAUGUUUAUAUUUAUUUCAUUAACAGAUUCACGUGGAUAUUAUUUGAUGUCUUUUAAACUGUAAAACUGUGUUUGCAAAUCUUGCUUUAAGGUUUUUUUUUCAAUCUAUUGUACAUCCAUUUAAAAACAGGAAAACAAUUUGUGAAGCAAAUAUUGCCAUCAGAAAUAAUCUGACAAAUCAUGUAAUUUGUCCUAAUUAUCUGCUAUCACUUAUUUUGACCUGGUUUUUUUUGUUUUUUUUGGAACAAUUUAAAACUCUCCAUGUGUGAUCACAGCACAGCUUGUUCUUUGGAGUUUAAGUGCCAAACGUUUACAUCAGAGCCAUCUGCUCCGAUGUCACUGACUGAACAGAAAUAAAAGUGAAAAGUGUUCUCUCAUUCA